CCAGGGCAGGUGGAUGCUCGCCGAGUGAAUGAUGAGUGGAGCAGGCGUAAGAGAGAAGACGCUGCGUGCGUGGUUAAUAUUACACCAAGGGCGCAGAGCUCCAUUGGACGCCCAUUUUAUGUAUUUGGCCGACUUGCACAACAGCGGGGUUGUUACGGAGGGCACGGAUUAAGAGGAAGCUCGGGGUGGUUGUGCGGUGUUCCCUCUAUCUGUUGUUAUUGCGAGGAACGCGCCGGCUCUGCGCCACCAGACAGAGCAAUCAAUCCCCGAGGUUCUCCGACACCGCGCUGCUGCUGCUGCUGCAGAAGAGCCAGCGUGCCUGUGCGGAGAGCAGCCGGGGUACUGAUGCAGCCCUCUCACAGCGGGAGGAGGACACCGGCAUGAGAAGCGCUGUUUGAAAAACAAACCCUGUUCCGUCUUCCGUAUCUCGUUUAAAAAGAGCGCAAACGAAUAAAGCAGACAUGCUGCAUGUGCUGCUGAGCGGCGCGUUCUUUUUCCCCGGUGUCUUCUACUUGUGCAGAAAAGUUUUACCCGUCUGCUUCAAGCGCUGGAGCGAUGCGGACGUGGUGCUCGUCAGCGAGAGGCUGGUGUCCUCGGUCCACGCCAUCAUGGCCACCACCUCGGGGUUCAUCGUCGUCUCGUCCUGCGACAACGUGAUGACCGACAGGCACUGGCUGGCCACCUACUUUGUCUGGUUCGCCAUGUCCUACAUGGCCUACGACCUCUACGCCAUGUACCUCAGUCACUGGUACCGCUUCCGGGUGAAAGGUCAUGAGGAGUACAAGGAGCACUCAUUCCGCACCGUCAACAGUUUUGUGAGGAGGGAGUUUCUGCUGGUGCUGCAUCACAUCGUUCUGCUGACCAUACUGCUGCCCAUCACUCUGUUCUUCCGGAGAGACCUGGGAGACUUCUUCGUCGGAUGCCUGUUCACAGCAGAGCUCAGCACGCCCUUCGUGUCCCUGGGGAAGAUUCUGAUCCAGCUGGGGCUCCAGGACUGCCUGCUGCACAAGGUCAACGGUGUGGUGGUGCUGCUGAGCUUCUUCCUGUGCCGGAUCCUGCUCUUCCCCUACAUGUACUGGGUCUACGGACGGCACUACGGCCUCCCGCUCUACAGCGCCCCCUUCCACCUGCCGCUGUCCUGCAACCUGGGCACCCUCUGCAUCAUGGCGCCGCAGGUCUACUGGUUCGUCCUGCUGUGCCGGAAGGGCCUGCGGCUGUACCAGCGCCAGGCCGGGAAGCGCCCAGCCGCUGUCACCGACGCCGCCCAGUAGGGGGCAGGCUCUUCCCCUCCAUUCUCCUCCUCCUCCGCCGCCCUUCUCGCCUAAUCCCCCUACCUCCCCACCCCCCCCGGUCUCGUGGCUCUGCGGAGAGGCGUGUUGCUCUGGGGGGAGGGGGGGGUCCCAAUGUCCGCUCAUCGCAGGACCUCGUCUCGCCUUGCUUCUCCCGCGCUUCACCCCACUCAGGAGCCCCCUGGUGGCUGUUCUGUUUCUUUCCAUAGAGCUGCAGUUUUCCGUAGGAUUUUCUUAUUUCUCUUGUUUGACUUUCUCUCGGCGGCAGUGCGAUCACGAUCAGAGAGACCCAUCGGCCCCCCAGUCCCCCGUGUGUCUGGUGGCUUUGACCUGGAGGGGCGAUCUAGGGGGAGAGAUCUGGAGGGGAGAUCUGUGGGAGUGAUGGGGGGGGGGAGAUCUGGGAGAGAGAUCUGGGGGGAUUUCUGCGGAGAUCUAGGUGAGAGGUCUGGAGGGGAGAUCUGGGGGAGAGAUCUGAGGUGAUCUCUGCAGAGAUCUGGGGGAGAGAUCUGAGGUGAUCUCUGUGGAGAUCUAGGGGAGAUCUGGGGGUAGCGCUGACAGCUGUGCAGGACAGGACCACGCUGGCUUCCUUUUCUCAUUCUGAUCAUGCGCAGCAAACGGGGCCGUUUCUCUGUCUCUCAGCCCUGCUGCUAAUGGAACACCAUCUGUAGAUGUGUUUCACGUGUUUUAAAAUGGAAAAAGAGAAAAACAAUCACAGGUUUAUUAAGACUUUAACAGUACACAUGAACUUUCAAUAUGCACACUCAUACACCAGCAUUGGGAAAACUGCGCUUUUAAUACAGUUGCUCGGUCUUUCUCCAUCUCGCUCUGCCUCAUCAGCCAUAACGACAUGCACUAAUUGCAGUAGGGGAUACUGCACUACUCGCCAAUUAAUUAUUUACUGCACAACAGAGUUCUGUGUUUCUCUUCACACCUCUCUGUCUUCGAGCCUCUAGCCUGUGCUGAAUCCUGCUUUGUCACAUGAGCGAAGGCAGAAUGUUUACACGCACCGGAGAAAUCCGAAUGCUGCAGGUCCCGGCCUCUCUGAGCCUGAUGCUCGUUUCCGUGGGAACAUCGGCCAGGGAAAGGGCUCAGCUUGUCUCUUGGGCACGUCUCCCGUGACCUGUGGUGCAAGCACGGCAAGAACAGGGCAGCACACGGACAUGUGCAGUGGAGCAGGGUGACAUCUGCAAAGUAACAACUAGAUAAAUACAGAAUUAAUAAAUAUGGAACACAUAACAUAAUACAUAAUGUCUGAAUGCAUAAAAGCACAGGAAAACCAACAGCUACACGACCUUGGUAAGGUUAUUUAUAGUAGAAAAAGUUGCACAAGCCUGGUCUUCUUUUGCUUUCCUGCAGAACAGCAACCCACAUGUUCAGAUUUGUGUUUUCUAAUCAGGAGCAGCAUCAUACCCGUUGACUCCACACGAACCAAACGCCUGUCCCUGACUCGUCUGCGUUAACGCUUACUGACCCCCCCCUCCCCCGUUCCAAGAGAUCACGGGGGUCCCGUGCCAUCCGCAUCGAUCAGAAUACACUCCUGCAGUCGCCAUGCUCUCGAACGGCUUGAAUCCGGGUGCUCUGCACCCCGAUUCUGGGGAUUGGGUAGCAGUUCGGAGCGUGGAUACUGCUGAGGAGCCCAUGCUGGACUAACCUAGUUUGACGUGCAUGUUAAAGAUCAGGAAUACAGAAGUCCUGGUUUACUAGAUGAGACGUUCUCAACCCUUUCCAGCUACACUUGUCAAGUAGCAGAUGUAGGAAAGGGGGGCAUUUUUCAUGCUGCCUCUCUUAGAGUGAAACAUUUCUCUGUUUCCUGGGAGGCUCUCUGACGGAUCGGCCUUUGGGGAUUUAUUGAUAGCCAUUUUGCGGAAGAUUAUUUUUCUUAUGGAAAUUCUAUUUUACAGCCUCACGAUUGACAUUGAUAUGCAGGGUUUUUUUGUAUUUAUUUAGGAAAUAAUUCGAUUGUGCUUUAAAAUCCUUUGACCAGUUUGCAUAUCGUUUUAAAAAAAAAAAAAGAAUUUUUAUUUUUGCAAUUUCUGUCAGAAUCGGCAUAAUCUGAACGUGACAAUUACUAGGCUGUUCGGAAAUGAGUAGAUGAGCAUGCCUAAACUUGAAAGGUCUUAUUUUAUUACAGUUGUACAUUUAAGCAGAUUUAACUGCAGUGAGCGUGGCCUGUCUGCCUGUCCCGGCCCGUGUGGGGGUGACGUGACAGUGGCCAGAGCAGGGGACAGGAGAGUCUAUCCUCAGAGACAAGAGGGUUGAGCUCCGUCUGAAGGGGCACACAUGUAUAAACAGUGGGAAGCAGGGGGGGGGCCUCAUGGAGUCUGGUAGCUCCCAGUAGCGCCCUCUGCUUUUUGUGCUGUAGGGAAGUUUUUGGUAUUAAGAGCUCAUGAUUCUGGUUUGAUCUCUUUACAAUCCAGUCUAACUAUAUACUUCUAUGCACUGUAUCUUAAUACAUGUUCAUACAUGCAGGAGAAGUUUAUUGAUCCAGGGCUGACAGGCCAGCAGCAGUGUAUCAGCAUUUAAGGUUUCUUUAAAGACUUUCAUCAGUGUGGGUUUCAGUGUGCUUGAAGAAACUCUCAGAGGGCUGGACUUGUGAAGUGGGUUCUGCUGUAGCCAGACUGGGCCCGAGUGCUGACCUGCCUGCUCAGGAACGCAGCCCAGCACACCUCACUGACCUUCUGCAUUCGUGUCACCUGUGAAAAACUAAUGGAACAAUAACGUUACACUGUCUGUAUUUGUUUCAUACUUACUAAGCUUUUCUUGUAGAUUCAGAAAUAUGUUGCGGGUAGUGUUUAAACAAUGAUUGCAUGUCAGAUGAAAAAGAACAGGGCCUUGUUAGAUUGCCCAACUGACUUUCCUUUCCUGAACUGAGCCUGUGUGCAGCAGCAUUGCUCUGUAUGUCGAGGGAAUGACACGGUCGUUGUGAAGUGUUGGCUGGUCAGCCUUUUAUUAAAAAAACUCAGAUCUAG